CCUGGAACACUUCAACAAAUGGAGAGAGAAAACCACCGGAGUUUAUCCUAGUCAGCCUGACGGAAUGGGUGAUGAGGCCUAGCAUUGGUUGCCAGGGAAACCAGACGCGCCCCCGCCGCCAUCAGCUCCCAUUUUUUCACCGGUUGAAUUCAGGCUAGUCAGUUGGCGGCGGAGGCCUCAGACGCGCGAAUCCUGACCGGGACAUACCGGGUGUUCUGUAUACUGGUAUUUGUCAAAGAAGUAUGUAAAAGGUGCUGGAACAAUGACCACUGUGCGGCAGAGGAAGAGAAUUAAUGCAUCUGAACAGAGUCACAACAGCAACCAUACUAUCAAAACCUCCAAGCCAAAUGUAAAAGGUACAACUGGCCGCUCAUCAUGGAACACCCUGUGUUACACCGUAGGAGGCUCGCUGGCUUUGUGCCUGGGUCUGCUCACUUCGUAUUAUGUCGCCACCCUCCAUGAGAAUGACUUGUGGUUCUCCAGUAUUAAGGACGUGGAGAGAGAAAUCUCCUUCAGGACGGAGUGCGGUCUGUAUUAUUCAUAUUACAAGCAAAUGCUUCACUCCCCGUCCAUCACACAAGGUGUCACCGACCUGAUCUAUGACAAUAAAACGGAGUCAAUGAGAACCAUUAAUAUUCUGCAAAGAAUGAAUGUCUACCAGGAGGUUCUCCUCGCAGUGAUCUACCAGGCCCUUAACUUGUGGAGUCACCUGGAGCCGGUGUACUUCUACAUUUACACACUCUUCGGCCUUCAGGCGGUGUACGUGGCGGCUCUGUACAUUAACAGCUGGCUGCUCAGCGGGACGUGGCUUUCUGGAUCAUUAGCAGCUUUAUGGUACAUUGUUAACAGAAGUGACACCACCCGGGUUGAGUUUACCAUUCCUCUUAGAGAAAACUGGGCUCUCCCGUUCUUUGCCGUCCAGAUAGCAGGAAUAUCCUAUUUCCUACGCCCGGGGCUCACAUCAUUAAAAACUAGACUGUCCCUUCUUGUAGUGUUCAUCUCGACGUUCUUCUUCAGUCUCACCUGGCAGUUCAACCAGUUUGUUCUCCUCAUACAAGGUCUCGCUCUCUUUGCUUUGGACUGUCUGGACUUGAUACCCACCAACAAGGUAAGGAGUCUGUACGUGAUCCAAGCUGCAAGCCUGGUCCUGGUGUGUGUUCUGCAGUUCUUCAACACCAUGAUUCUAGGAUCUCUGCUCCUCAGCUUCAUCUUGGCAGUGGUUAUAGCCCAGAAGAUACAGAAAAAUCUUAAAAGUGGUCGUCUUCACAGAAGGAUCUGGAGCCUGUGUGUUCACGUAGCGAUCGUCCUCUGUCUCACUGCGGUGAUCAAUGUGUUUGUGAAGAAAGCUCUCAACCUGCAGUCGGAUGAACAUAUCUUCAAGUUCAUACAGGCAAAGAUGGGCUUUAAACUGAGAGACUUCGAUGCCAAACUUUACCUUUGUGAGGAACCAUUCCAGCUACUGCCACUGGACACAUUUGGGAGACUGUCGGACUCUUUUCUACUCUACCCCUAUGUUAUCAUUCUCUUCUUCUUAAUCAUCGUGACCGCCAUCACUGUGUUCUACAACCUCAGUAAUCCAUCAACUUCUAAAAAGAUGAAUCAACAAGAACAGAAGACGUGUUUAGUAAGAGCAGACGUUGCAUACAACCUGAUGCACAGCAUUCUGUUCGGGGGCCUGGCCAUCAGCACUAUGAGAAUGAAAUACCUCUGGACUUCCCACAUGUGCGUGCUUGCUUCUUUUGGACUUGCCAGUAUGGAGAUUUGGGGAGCUGCACUGAGACUGCUGCGCCUGCACACACCACAGAGGACUAGUGCUCUCCGAUAUUCUGCAUCUAUACUGGUGGUUGUUGCUGUGGUAUACAAGUUCUGGCCCCGGAUCGCUGAGGAGAUCUCCGAGCUGCGGGAAUUCUAUGACCCGGACACCGUGCAGCUAAUGAACUGGAUCAAGUCAAAUACCCCAAAUAAUGCAGUGUUUGCUGGAAGCAUGCAGCUACUGGCAGGGGUGAAACUGUGUACGGGGAGAAUACCGACCAAUCACCCCCAUUAUGAAGACAAGGUCCUCAGGGAUAGGACAAAACAGGUGUACCAGGUAUAUGCAAAGAGGUCCCCAGAAGACGUCCAUAGCAUUCUGAGGUCGUUUGGGACAGACUAUGUGAUACUAGAAGACAGCAUAUGUUAUGAAAGAAGACACGGUCGAGGUUGUCGUCUGCGAGAUCUGCUGGAUAUUAAUAAUGGACACAUCAUGGAUGGUCCUGGAUACAACGACCCGGAUUUGAAGCCUUCACCGUCACUGCGUUUCUGUGACGAAGUAAAGCGAGAUUCGCCUUCCUACACAAAAUACUUCACCAGGGUCUUCAAGAACAAAACUUUCCAUGUUUACAGAUUAUCUCGGAAAGUGGUGAAGUAGUGGGACUGCGCUGCAGAAGGUGGAUGGCGCCUCGGUGGGCAGUCCGCCCGGCCAGGUCUAGCCUGUUUUAUUGUGUUUUUACUAGCAUAGUGUUUGAACUGGAAGUGAGGGGAAUUAUGAACCACAGCGGACUGUCUUGGGCAACACUGUCCACUCUUUCCACUGGAUUCUGCAGUUUUUUUCCCCCUUUUUGUUUUUUUUAACAGACUGGGGGUCAGCUGUUACAAAACUACAAUCCAACUGUGACCAUUCAUAGUAUUAUGUGCCAAAUACUUCAAUAUCAUGAGUUGUCGUGCCAAACGAGGGACCAGCAUUUCUCAAAUGAUGGGACUUUGGCCAUUGAUCAUGUUUUUUCUAUUUUUAUUUUAUUUUUUGUCAUUUUUAGUGAUUUUGUGUUCAUUUUAUAUAGUGUAUCGUGCAGAUCUUGCUUAUGAAUUCAAGGACUCUUGGUUUUAUUACAGUCUAGCUAGAAAAUAAUUGUAGACGGUUGUGAACAGCCAGCACCAGUUUCCUGUUGAUUCUUCUUGGGACUAAGGCAAGGGCGACAAGGCGACACUGGUCACGUGACAUCUGUCGCAGCCACGGAUUGCUGAGUAGCGGUGAUCCGAUAGAAAUGCAUGGGAUCGCCCCAGCAGUCGCAUGAAAUCCAACCCGGCUGGAUUUUUUUGCGACUGCCGCGGCGAUCCCAUUCAUUUCUAUGGGAUCAACGCUACUCUCAGCGAUCCCAGCUGCGACAGGUGUAGCCUUUGCCUUAGACUCCCCUUCGGAGAUGUUGUCGUAGCUGGUGAUGUUUUGUAUAUUGAUAUGGACUUAUUAAACCGUCAAGUGAUUGGACAGAAGUGGUGGCACAUUCAGCGGAAACAUAGUCUACCUGGUCAGAUCUAAGAUCUUCUCCAUAAGGGUCAGUAUUAUAUAUAAUUGGUGCUAAGGGUACCUGCACAUGGGUGCCUGUUGACAAACAGAAAUUCUGCACGGAUUUCUCGGCGUUUCUGCGCCAAAAUCUGCAUGUGUUACUUGCAGAUUUGCAGCUGUUCUAAAGGGUGAAAUCCGCACAAGCAGUUGACAUGCUGCCGACUUCUAAAUCUGCGCAACAGGUCAAUUUCCAAACGGAAAGAAAAGGCAAAGUGCACACAUGAGAUUUGUUAGAUCGCAAUCAUUUUGUUGGAACUGUAUUAGGCUGCAAUCAUAUAUUUUGCGGUCUGCAAAAUGCAGAUCCGCAAAAAAUACAGAUGAUGUCGUUGCAUUGUUAAAAUUAUAUCGCAAUAUAGAUUUUAGGCCAUAUCGCCCACCCCUAACUUUAAUUUUAUGCUGCAGAUUUCCGCAGUGAAUUUUUACCCUUUGUAAUGUAAAACCUGCAAUCCAUUUGCAUGUAACACGUGGAUUUUGCUGCAAAAUCGCUGUGAAUUUUAUCGGCCGCUAUCUUUACAGUCACAGUUGUGGAUGUUGUGCUUGUCUUUUCCAUAAAAAUAACACAUUGUAGUUUUAACCCUUUAGUAUUAAAUGUCCCAUAAACUGCAACUGAGUUUUGAUGAAAGAAGAAAAUAAAACAUCUAUUAGGCGUGAAGGCGCAAAUAAAUAUUCAUCUAAAAUGUAUAAUUCUCUGCUAGCAGACGAACGUUGGAUGUUCUGGAUUACAGGAUGGUUGUAGAAAAGUAUAAAAACUUCUAAAAAAUGUUUACAUGGGGCAGAAACACCGCAGAUAUUCCAAUACAGAACUGAAGGUGGAAAAUCUGCAGCAUAUUAAAGUAACAGCAAAUUGGAUGAAAUUUUACCAAAAUGUUAAAUCCACAGCAUGUCAGUUUAUGUUGGAGAUUGCACCCUUUGCAAAAUGCAUUGGAUGAAAUUUGCAACAAGUCUGCAUGUAAGUCCUGCUUGAUUUUCAGCAGAUUUUACUGAUGCAAUUUAGGGCUCUUUCACACUUGCGUAGUUCUGUUCCGGCAUAGAGUUCCGUCGUCGG